UUUUUAAUCUUUAGCAACACAACAUGAAGGUUACUGUGGCUUUUGAGGAAUGUCUCAAAGAUUCUCCCAGAUUCAGAGUUCCAGGCACUGUUCGUGGAGUGAUUUCAAGACUAAAGCACUGAAGCCUGGCAGCAAUUAACUGUCGCCCCCAGUCCCCUCUUCUCAGUGACUUUUGAAACUACACUGCUAAUGGUACUACAUUUCCUAAACCAUUACUGCCAGACUGGAAGGGCAGUAAUCGAGGAGGUAGAGGGAGAUGUAUCCGAACUGGAAUCCAAGCUUGAUAAGCUGGUAAAGCUUUGUAUUGGAAUGAUCGAUGCUGGCAAGGCGUACAAUACAGCCAACAAACAGUUUGUGAAUGGAGUCCGAGAACUUGCCCAGCAGUCUGCCAAAGACAAGGUCAUUGAGACCAGCUUGACGAAAUUUGCAGAAAGCCUGCAGGGGAUGAUCAAUUAUCACACAAUCCUGUUUGACCAUGCUCAGAGAUCCAUCAAGUCACAGCUUAUGACGUUUGUGAAAGAAGAUCUGCGCAAGUUCAAAGAUGCCAAGAAGCAGUUUGACAAGGUCAGCGAGGAAAAGGAGACGGCGCUGGUGAAGAAUGCACAGGUGGCUCGCAACAAGCAACAUGAGGUGGAGGAGGCCACUAACAUCCUGACUGCAACCCGGAAGUGUUUCAGACACAUCGCUCUGGACUAUGUGCUGCAGAUUAACGUCCUACAGUCCAAAAGGAGAUCUGAAAUUUUAAAAUCGAUGCUCUCCUUCAUGUACGCCCACCUCACUUUUUUCCAUCAGGGCUAUGACUUGUUCACAGAGCUGCAGCCGCUUAUGAAACAGCUGGGAGGGCAGUUGGACCAGCUGGUGGUAGAUGCAGCAAAGGAGAAGCGGGAUAUGGAACAGAAGCACUCCACCAUCCAGCAAAAGGCUGCUCUGCAGGUGACUGCGUCUGAUACAGUGCCAGAUGCCAGAUGCUUUUGUGCUUGGAGGUCAACAGGUGACUUCUCGAAUGACGACACCAAGCUGGAAUACAAUGUGGACGCCGACAAUGGAAUUGCCAUGGAGGGGUAUCUUUUCAAAAGGGCCAGCAAUGCCUUCAAAACAUGGAACAGGCGCUGGUUCUCUAUUCAAAACAACCAGCUAGUAUACCAGAAGAAGUUUAAGGAUAACCCUACUGUGGUGGUGGAAGACCUGAGGCUGUGCACAGUGAAACACUGUGAGGACAUUGAGCGCCGCUUCUGCUUCGAGGUCGUCUCUCCUACAAAGAGCUGCAUGUUGCAGGCAGACUCUGAAAAGCUGCGGCAGGCGUGGAUUAAGGCUGUACAAAACAGCAUCGCUACAGCGUUCAGGGAGCAGGGUCAAAGCUCUGAGAAGCUGGACAGGAAGUGUUCCAUGUCUACAGGCAGCCUUGAUUCUGGUGGCGAGCUGAAGGAGAAGUCUCUGAAAGGGGAGAGCGCGCUGCAGCGGGUUGAGUGCAUCGCUGGCAAUGCCAGCUGCUGUGACUGUGGGAUGGCUGAACCUCGCUGGGCCAGCAUCAAUUUGGGGAUCACACUAUGCAUCGAGUGCUCAGGAAUACACCGGAGUCUUGGGGUCCACUUGUCCAAAGUCCGGUCUCUUACCUUAGACUCUUGGGAGCCUGAACUGCUAAAGGUCAUGUGCGAGUUGGGGAACAGUGUUAUAAACCGGAUAUAUGAGGCUAAUUUGGAAGCGCUGGGUGCCAAGAAACCACAGCCUGGAGAUCCCAGGCAAGAGAUUGAAGCUUACAUCAGAGCAAAGUAUGUUGAGAAAAGGUUUGUCCAGAAACCAACGGCAGCAGAGCAGAGAACAAAGGUUAUAUCUCUGAGCAGGCAGGAGAAACGGCUGAGCAGUAGCAGCUCUGAGUACCUGCCACCUCGCCCUCCUCCACCCACUCCCAAAAUGAGACCAGCGUCCCACAUCUCAGCGGCUGUGGCUUGUAGCGACGAGGCCCGUCGGGAGUCUCUCUUCUGUCCCGAUGAGCUAGACUCGCUCUUCUCCUACUUUGACACCUCUUCCAAGCUGCGUAGUAAAAAGAGUGUGGACAGCGGGAUCCAGAACAGUGCUGCUGGAAGCAAGGAGAUGCUGGCCUCUACCCCGUCUGCAAACAGCCUGAGUGAACCCGGGGUUCCAGAGCCUGCCGUUCCAGAGCCUGGGAAGAACUCUGCAGGGCUGGUGGAGUUUAAGGAAUGCUCUCCAGGACUCCAGCUAUACUGGGCUGCAUUCGCACGCAACCUCCCAGACAUGGCAGAGGCGCUGGCUCAGGGCGCGGAGGUGAACUGGGUGAACACAGAGGCCGACAAGCAAACCCCCUUAAUACAGGCCGUCCUGGGGGGUUCGCUGGUUGCCUGUGAGUUUUUGCUGCAGAACGGUGCUAAUGUGAAUAAUCAUGACGUCCGGGGGAGAGGACCUCUGCAUCAUGCCACCAUCCUUGGACACACUGGGCAGGUGUGUCUGUUCUUGAAAAGAGGUGCCAGUCAGAAUGCAGUCGACCGUGACGACAAAACCCCUCUUGCAAUAGCUGUGGAUGCUGCCAAUGCAGACAUUGUAACCUUGUUACGGCUGGCGAAGAUGAAUGAUGAAAUGCGGGAAUCGGAGGGGCUCUAUGGACAGCCAGGGGAUGAAACUUAUCAAGAUAUUUUCCGAGAUUUCUCUCAUAUGGCUUCAAAUGAUCCAGAGAAACUGAACCGGUUCCAGCAGUAUGACUCCCAAAGGCUGUGAAACCUGGGAGGGUCGUGCAGCAGGGAGGAGAGACAGCAGCACGUGAAUCUUGUAUGCUGGAAAUGGGGAUUUCAGUCGCUUGGUAGUCAAAUAAACAGCCACCUGCCUUAAAAAAAUCAUUUACUUUAAAGCAGCAGCCUCACACGUAAUGGCAGAGUUUUGUUUUGAAUUUGUGAAUUGCUGGAUUGAAAGAGGAAUCACAAAUACACACCAGCCUGUUCCACACACUCCCCAUCAUAAAAACGUCCUUAGGGUCCAUGCUAUAGGUCUAAUGCAGAUAUAAGGUCACCCUGAAAUGCAGCCAGAACACUCUUCAGAAUGCAGAAGUUCCAGUCGUCUUCCUGGAAUGACAGAUGACAUUUUUUCUUGAUGUAUCAGUUUACAAAAUCCACAGCUCCUUUAACCACACACACCAUCAGCAUGUUUCCAGUCAAUUAUUUUUAACAGGUGACGACAGUUGAAUGCAGUAAAAGCUCAAGAUAAUAAUUGGUGUUUUAAAGAAAGUUUUGGUGGAUGGCCAAGUUCUUAGCUUGACUGAGAACCAGCCUGUAGAAUAGUUUAGCGUACGCCAGUUGGGCUAUACCCUUUUGCAGACAUGCAGCUAUGGCCAUAGGUUUUGCAUCACCCUAUAGAAUGAGUUCAUGUUGCUUCAUAAAGUCGAACGAAACCUGCUGAAUAAUGUUAUG